AUACGUGCCAAUGAAAUAAGAAAAAAAAAAAUGUUUUCGAAGACAUUAAAAACUUUUUUUUUAUACACGAAUCCUAGGCUGUAGACAAUUAUAUUAUGUAUAUAUGUAUAUAUUUAAAUAAAUAAUAACCGCGAAUGAUAAGCCGAGUGCCCACGAAAUUAAUAUUUACCCAUUCAAUCUUAAAGUAGUAUACGUAUUUCGUUUACAUUAUUUUAUUUUUAGUACAUGUAUUAUGUUAUCUAGUAUAAUUUGUUGUUAUAAUCCUUGUAAAUUUACAACAUUGUUAAUAUUAAUUUUAUACACGUCUAGUCAUGUAGACAAUGCUAGUUAUUGACUUAUUGGAUUAUAAUGUCAAACGCAGAAGAACAUUAUUUACAAAUUGAAGAAAAUGGUGUAAACGUCGCUAAGAACCGCUCGAACAUGUUGAAAGAACUCCGUCAAUCUUUGAGUACAACUCAUGCCUGUCGAAUUUCAAAUUCCACUAUUCGAUUUCAAACUCAUUUCAUUAUUAUUGUCCUACUGGUCGGCAUUCUUUUUCUGGCGACGCUCUACAAUAUUGGACGUUCAGCUCCUAAACUCGUCAGUUAUGGUUUAAGCCGUCCGGCCGAGCAUUUUAUGUUAAAAGAAAUUAAAUCCAAGUAUCCAUUAACAUCGCCUAUAUUUAUAGACAAUGUCGGUUUAAAAUAUCGUAUAGCUAUGAUUAGUGAUCUGGACAAAGCUUCCAAAAGCCCUAACGAGAAUAAUAUGUGGCAUAGUUUUUAUAAAAAAGGAUACCUUACGUGGUAUGCAAAUAACAGCACAAUUGAUAUAAAUUGGGAUAAUGAUGAACCAACCCUUUUAAAAUCGUCCAUAUCAAUGGGUGGUCGAGGAAUGGAACUCUCUGAACUAGUAACAUUCAAUAAUAAAAUAUAUACAUUCGAUGAUCGAACUGGAAUAGUUUAUAAUAUUGGCGAGGAUGAUUCAAUUCUACCUUGGAUAAUACUCAUGGAUGGAAACGGAAAUCAUUUUAAAGGUUAUAAAAGUGAAUGGGCAACUGAACACAACUCUGAUUUAUACGUUGGAAGUAUGGGCAAAGAAUGGACGUCGUCAAAAGGCGAUUACAUCAACAAUAACCCGAUGUGGAUCAAAAUUAUCAAUAAGUUUGGACAAGUAACUCACGUCAACUGGACUGAAAAUUAUGUUGCACUAAGAAAAGCAGUGAAUAUAUACUAUCCAGGGUACAUGAUACACGAGUCAUGUGUAUGGAGCGAAGUGCAUAAGAGAUGGUUUUUUCUACCGAGACGGAGUUCUGCACACCAAUAUAAUGAGGAGACUGAUGAGCAUAUGGCCACAAAUUUUUUACUGUCAGCAAAUGAUAAUUUUAGUGUUAUUAAAGUAGUCACUGUUGGCGAAAGAGUUCCAACCCACGGAUUUUCCAGUUUCAAGUUUUUACCCGGAACCCAUGAUAGAAUAAUUGUAGCUAUUAAAUCGGAAGAGCUCGGUUCUAAAACUGCUACUUAUAUAACGGCCUUCAAUAUUGACGGGACAAUUAUAUUACCAGAAAUGAAAGUAGCUAAUCAUAAGUAUGAAGGUUUUGAAUUCAUAUGACCCACAUCAAAACAACUGUAUUACUUUUGUUAUCAAAAUAUUAAAAACAUUGUUAAAUUAUUAA